AUGGUAGUGAAUCAGGCAGAGGCAUUCACUGCCUUAAACGUUUUUUCGAAAACAAUUGUUUCAAUUCCUGACAUUGUCGGAUCUUACUUUACCUCAUUAAAAGAAGUUGAAUCGGAAGCCAGAGAUACGGAACAGGAAGCAACAGAUUUUAUUAAAGAAUUGUUAGAAAAUGAGUCUCAAAAGAAAGAAGGAACGAACAAUUGGACGGAUGACUUAAAGGAUAAAUUACAGCGAGCCCUCCCUAAAUUAACGACAAAGGUUGAACUUGUUAGCGAUACACUAGAACAAUUAAGUUCGUGUAUUGAGCGGAUGGACGCCGAUUUUGAUUAUGUUGAACUCGAGUUUCCUCCCCAUCUUCGGUUUGGUUCUACUGCACAACCUAAUGGCUCAUCUGUAUCGACAAACGCGCGUCAGGAAGGAAAAAGGGAGGGCAAACGAGAAAACAAACGUGGACAGCAAUCUUCUUCUGAUAAUAUAUCCACUGGCGGUGGCACGAAUCAAGACAGCUCGACCCACAAUGGACCAUCUGGUUCCACCUUACCUGUUAAUACGCCCAGCAAACGUCGGAGGGGUGUUGCUGCAAGUGUCUCACGUUCUGCAACACCUCCCGUUUCCCGGGCAGGCAGUGCCGCACCUUCCGAGCGUAAACGGGGUCGUCGUGGGGAACCAAAGUCUUUCAAAUCGUCCACAGCUUCUACAGGAGUGAAGCCUAUGCAAGAAGUAAUUGAUGAACACAACACUAAGGACGAACCUCUAUAUUGCUAUUGUGAACAGGUUUCAUAUGGAGAAAUGAUCGGAUGUGAUGGCGAAAACUGCAAACGCGAGUGGUUCCAUUUGCCUUGUGUCGGCUUGGUUGAGCCUCCCAAAGGAAUUUGGUACUGUCGCGACUGUGAAAAGAAACGGUCUGGGUAA